AUGCGGGACGUAAUAACGUCGUUGUUUCUCAAGCCACAACAACGAAGGACUGGUAGUACCUGUGUUGAUAUAGAAUCAGAUCCUGUUUCAAAUAAGGCUACAGAUUUCACAGUAGGUCAGGAACCAGUCAUCUCUGAACCUAGAAAGUCAACGAAAACGUUAAACUUAAUGUCAAGGAUGAUGGCGGCAUUAACGGUAGUGAUCCUAGUGGUUACGUUAUUGGCGCCUUUUAGUGUAGGGACAGGUAGAGAUAUGAUAUUAUUAUCCCCUGUCCCAGAAUCUAGGAAGGUCGGUGGGGGGAAAGAGGGCAUGGAUGCUGAGCUUCAAGAUCGGUUCCGCGUUUCGCAGCACCGUAGCACAUCGAAGAAGCUAUAUGAGCUUCUCAGGGACAGUGAAAAGACGUUUUAUGAUGAGGAGGAACAGGUGUUGGGAACGACGGUUGCUUCGCGGAACACAUAUUCUAGGCAGCCCUAUGUUGCGAACGGUUAUAUUGGGUCAAGAAUUCCAAAUGUUGGUUUUGGGUAUGCUUUGGAUGAGUUGAGCCUAUGGACAGGUGAUUCUGAUAUUCCAGGGGCGUUGGAUAAUGGAUGGCCGUUGAGGAAUCAAAGGUUUGCAGGUGCAUUUGUUUCUGAUUUCUAUGGGUUGGUGGAGAAUAUAAACUCCACGAACUUUCGUGAGUUGGACGAGGAGGGUUAUACUACUGUUAUAUCAGCUAUACCGCAGUGGACUGAUCUCCGUUUGUCGGUGUUCAAGGACAAUGAUGACAACCCGUAUGCAACCCUUUCUCCGGUUGAGCUUGAUUUGAGCCAGGUCUCACAGUAUACGCAAAAUCUUUCUCUUCAGGAUGGCAUUGUGUGCACAGAGUUCAAUUGGAUGAACUUGUUACAUAUUAAAACUUCUGUUAUCGCUCAUAGAAAGAUAUUUACCCUUGGUUUAGUUGAAAUGGAAGUUAGCCUUUUGGAAGAUGUAAAGCUUGGAAAAGGAGGGAGCCUUCAUGUAGAGAUUGAAGAUAUGUUUGACUUUGAAUCAUCAAGAAGAACAUUUUUGAGAGAUCAUGGCUAUGAUGAUGAAGGUAUUUACAUGGUAGUGGAGCCGGAAAAUGUUCCCUACUCUAAUGCAUCACUUUACUCUAGGUGUGACGUUGAAGGAGGGUCAGAAGUAUCUGAUGUGGAGCGAUAUGUUACGAAUAAUACUGUCAUUCAGUCCCAUUCUGUUUACCUAGAUCAUUCGUCGCCAAUUGUAGUGGUUCAAAAGUAUGUUGGUAUUGUAUCGACAGAAUAUAAUGAAGAGCCGAUCAGCAAUUUAGCACGUGCCAAGGAAGUCGUCCAGGAUUGUUUCGGUUCUUUUGAUGCGUUAUUGUCUUGGCAUCGUGAAGCAUGGGCAAAUUUGUACGCGGAUGCAUCUAUUGAAAUUCCAUCUGAUUUCCUAUUGGAAUUAGCUGCGAAGUCAUCUUUGUACCAUUUGUUAGCAAAUACCCGCUCGCAAAACGUCUCAUCUUCUCGUGGUUUACCAGUUGCGGUAGCGGGUCUAUCCAGUGAUUCAUAUGGAGGAAUGGUGUUUUGGGAUGCUGACACUUGGAUCUUACCUGGUAUCCUUCCAUUCUUCCCCGAUAUAGCUAAGGAAAUGGCAAACUAUCGUAAUGCUACCCAUUUCCAAGCUAUUGAAAAUGCACAGAAGUACAACUACUCUGGUGCAUUAUACCCUUGGACUUCUGGUAGGUUUGCCAACUGUACUUCGACCGGACCCUGUGUGGACUAUGAGUACCAUAUUAAUAUCGAUAUUGCGAUGAGUUCAUUGUCAAUAUAUAUGAAUGGAGCUGACGGCGUUGAUGAUGAUUAUUUGAGAUACACCACUUGGCCAUUGAUCAGAGAAGCAGCAAACUUCUUCACAGAAUAUGUUAGAUACAACGAGACGCUAGAUGCAUAUACUACGCAUAAUAUGACUGACCCUGACGAGUUUGCAAACUUUAUUGAUAAUGGUGCGUUUACUAAUGCUGGUAUUAAGACAUUGUAUAAAUGGGCAACGGACGUUGGUAACCAUUUGGAGGAAGAGAUUGAUCCCAUGUGGAGCGAAAUUUCCGAAAAGAUUCAUAUUCCAACAUCCCCAACCAAUAUUACACUAGAAUACACUGGUAUGAAUGCAACUGUUGAUAUUAAGCAGGCUGACGUUAUGUUGAUGGUUUACCCCUUAGGUUAUAUUACAGAUGAAAGCAUUUUGAACAAUGCUAUACAGAAUUUGUACUAUUAUUCAGAACGUCAAUCUGCGUCCGGGCCUGCCAUGACAUUCCCUGUUUUUGUUGCCGCCGCUGCUGCAUUGUUGAACCAUGGAUGUUCAUCUCAAAGUUACUUGUACAAAUCAGUUGUUCCUUACCUUCGUUCACCAUUCCUCCAAUUCAGCGAGCAAUCCGAUGAUAACUUUUUAACCAACGGAUUGACACAACCUGCGUUCCCCUUUUUAACUGCUAACGGGGGUUACUUGCAGGCGCUUUUAUUUGGACUAACUGGAUUAAGAUACUCAUACACUGUGAAUCCAGAAACGAAGAAAAUGGAACGACUAUUGAAAUUUAAUCCUAUAGCAUUACCCAUGUUGCCUGGUGGAAUUCGUAUUAAUAACUUCAAAUAUAUGGGACAGGUUUUAGACAUAUCUGUGGGAGACUACAAUGCUUCUAUUUACCACAAAUAUGGUGAUGUUCCGAUCAACAUAAAGGUUCCUGAUAGAUCAGUUUUACGUGAUCGUGAAAUCCCUUUCCCUAGUAGCUCAAAUAAGGUACAGGCAAGAGAUAUGAUCGAUUACACAGAACUCAAAGAUUCCAACUACCAUACUGUCUAUCCAGGAGAGAAGUUAGUUUUACCUGUUUUCACUCCCGGUUUAAACAUUGAGAAAAACAUAGCGGAGGGGAAACAGAUAACAAACCUAACAAGAGGUGUACCAGGAGAUGUUGCUAUCUCAAUGGUUGAUGGUAACAAUUACACUCACUGGCAACCAUUUAAUAAAUCUGAGCGCGCAUUGAUGUUAAUAGAUCUCGGUAGCGAAGAGGAUUUUGAAAUUACUGGUGGUAAAAUCGUUUGGGGCGCAAGACCUGCCGUAAAUCUCUCGUUAUCCAUUCUUCCGCAUUACGAAAAUAUGACUGCAGUAUUGGACUCAGUCAUAGAAACAUAUCAAAAAAACGCUUCCUCAAAGCUAACUUCUGUCCGUCAUAAAGGUAGCUCCGGUGGCGUGCCGAACGGCAGCGUACACACAUCUCCUGACAUUAUUGGUAGUACCAUUGAUAUGGGUAUAAGGGAAAUAUUUAAUUGGAACCUGAUUGAUUUCGAUGAAAUAUCCGCCAUAGCUCCCGAAGUUCUGCCAAAGUUCAGGAAUUUUGUUACUAUUUUAGAUGACCACCCUGUUGAACCUACUCAGCCUUUCUUCCAUGACGUUUUCAAUCAAUCUCAAAUUGUGAUAUUGCCCAGCAAUGAGACGGACUUCUACAUUGAUUACGAUAAAGUAGCUGAAUUGAACCCAGGUUAUACCGCCAUUGACUUCAAGAAGAAUGACAAUACCUGGAGAAAGACAAGAUUUGUUAUGGUUACAGUAGAAGGAGUAUACGAUGAAGAUGAUGACCCAUAUGGUGCAACAAUUAAGGAAAUCGCAUUGAUGAGUACAUGA